AUGAAUGGGAACUCAGUCCAAGCUGCUGAGGCGCCAGUCACCCCGACACCCGCAAAGCGAAAACGCGAAGCCUCCGCAGAGGAAGGUGAAGGAGAUGGGACGGUUUCCAAGCCUGAGGAUACUGAGGAUACAUUUACCGAUAUCCUCAAAGACCUAUCUUUGGUUUUAUCGAAGCAUGACUCCGAUCUUGGAAUUUUAAGACGCCCACUUACUCAUGUGUCCGCCGGAGAGCCUGAUAAUAAGCGUGUGAAGCGAUCCAAACCGGCCGCCGAACCGCAAACCAUCCAGUCUCGAGUUGAUAAGGCCAACUACCAAUCACUCCAAGCCUUCCUACACGACGUCGAGCAAUCCAUCAGCUCAUUCAUCGCCGAGUCCCCACGGCAUGAGAGCAAGACUCAUCAGUCCAUAGGACCAGCUUCGCCGUCUAGCCGUGUGAACAACUUCAGAAAGGAAUUAAACCGCCUAGUUCUUAAACUCCCUCCCCAGGAACCAUCCGCCAUUUCGUCCAAGCCAACCAAGACUGAAGAUGCAUCUGAAACUCUGGACACAAGCGCUCGCAAUGACCGAUUGGCACUGGCUCUUGUGGACAAUACUCCACAUGGAAGACAAAUAUUUUCGAGCCUGCAGCUCUCCGACUCAUCCAUUAACGAAACCGCGCUUCCAAAGGGUAUAGUGGUCACCAAGGUUGUACCUUUUAACCCCUUACACCUGGAAGAGUCAGGAAGCCGAACGAGGACUAUCGGGGAAGUAUUUUCGCCGCGGUCGAAUGUCCCUCUUCUGGAGCGUCCUCCAAAACGACCCGCAGAAAGCAGUCCGUCUGUUGUCAAGUGGCUAGACCCCCUCGACAUUGCAAGUUCUGUAUCUAGCUCCCUUCCAGGGAGAAAAGGCUACAGUUCCAUAUCCCUUCCAUCCGGCUCCUGGUUGAAUUAUGGCUAUGAAAAUCCAUCGGCAUCGGGCCACCACCCACGAUUAUCGAAACAGGAAAACAGUGCGAAGGAAGCGUCUUCGAAAGAAGAUAAUUCCCUGUUCCAGGCACUUUAUUCCUCGUUUGCGCCCUCCUUUGACAGCUCUGGCGCAAUCGCUCCUCGGGCUGCCAAAUAUCAAGCAUGGUGGGAGAAAUCGGGGGCCAAUCGCGUGAAUGUCCUGUUUAGCUCAGAGCAGGAUGAGCCACAGACUUCCUCAAUGGAUCAUCCAAUCUUGAAUCAAGCAGUGGACCCCCAGCUGUUAGACGAGGAAACUCUAUCUGAGGCAGUUGAAUCGUUCAAGCCGGAUACGUAUGUUGACAAGGCGACGGAAUCCGAGGACCCUGAAAGCGAAAAGAAGAAAUCUGAGGGCGACAUGACGGAACUACUUAACGAUAUAUCGGAUCUGUUACAAACAUUAAAUUCUUACCGUCAACUCCGAAACCUCUCGCAAGCUUCGCCUGAUAAAGCUGCCGAUCAAAGCAAUGGGGCAACAGCAAACCGUGAGCCUACGACCACACCAUCUGACGCCGAGUAUGGCAUAUACGAGACGUUAAAGACGAGUCUAUCGACGCUAGUGGCUUCCCUACCUCCAUACGCAGUGUCAAAACUGACAGGAGCGCAGCUUGCCGAGCUGAACUUGAGCAAGAAGAUUCUGUUAGAUAGCGCCGAUUACCCUGGCACCAUGGAGGACGAUGAUUUCACGAAGCAACGAAAACAGGCCGCUCAGGCGCAGCAAAAUAUGGCAAAUUCUCGUGGCCCCGUACCAGCCGCUCCUCAAGCUCGACCGCAAACUUACCAAACCCCAGUUGCAACAACGCCUUACCAACGACAGCCUAGCACGCGCGCAAAACAUAUUCCAACGAACUAUCAAUCCCCUCAAGGAUACGCGGGAAGACCACCACCAGCAGCUCACUACCAACCCACUAAUUCCCCUCAGCCAUUCCCGCAACAUCCCCAGCCAGGCCAACGGCCAGGUUAUAUGCAACCGCAAUACCAACAGCCUGCCGGAGCGUCGCCACCAUAUAGCAGAAGCGGAAUGUUGCAACAGUUCCAGAGAUCUGCGUCCAACGGAGUCCCACCUUAUCCCCAGAGGCGACCUUCCCCUGCACAAACCCCAACCCAACCAUAUCCUCACCGUACACCCCAAGCUGCAUACCAACCUAUUCACGGCCAGCAACAACCCCCCUUAAAUCACGCAGCUUCACCACAGAGACCGCCUAAUUAUAAUCAAUCGCCACAACGAACUCCCUACCUAAAGUCACCCUCAGCCAACCCUGCUCAACCACGAUACUUCCAGCAACAAACGCCACAACCGCUUCCAUACGCGAAUUACCCUCCAGGCCAGGCGAACCAGGUGUCUACCCCAUAUUCCAAGCCUUCGCCCGGCAUGGCAUAUUCCAGAUCAGCCGCUGAACAGGCCGCAAUCAUGGAUCGGAAUAAGUUGCAGCUGUUGGAUAAUCGCGGACAAGCCGUUGCUUCGCCCCAGCCAAUGCAGCCGAAUGGACAGGGUCAAGCUCGGGACGUCGAAAUGCACAAUGGUCAGCCAAACGGGCUACCUAUGGCUGGUCCAGGGCCCUCGAAAUAG